CACACAUUUGCCGUGUGCCUCGCCUUCCAAUCUUUCUCACGACUUCACGACCAAACUAACCUUUUCAGCCGUCGACAACACCACAACACCGACAACAUGGGUAGACUUCACAGCAAGGGCAAGGGCAUGUCUGCCUCCGCCGUCCCCUACUCUCGCGCCGCUCCCGCCUGGUUGAAGACCACCCCCGAGCAGAUCGUCGACCAGAUUUGCAAGCUCGCCCGUAAGGGUGCUACCCCCUCUCAAAUUGGUGUCAUCCUCCGUGACUCCCACGGCAUUGCCCAGGUCAAGAUUGUCACCGGUAACCGCAUUCUGCGUAUCCUGAAGUCGAACGGUCUUGCCCCCGAGCUCCCCGAGGACUUGUACAUGUUGAUCAAGAAGGCUGUCGCCGUCCGCAAGCACCUUGAGCGCAACCGCAAGGACAAGGACUCCAAGUUCCGCCUCAUUCUCAUCGAGUCCCGUAUCCACCGUCUUGCCCGUUACUACAAGACCGUCGGCAUCCUCCCCCCUACCUGGAAGUACGAGUCCGCCACUGCCUCCACCAUCGUCGCUUAAGCUGGGAAACCCGUGACGUUGUUGAUGAUUUGUUAUGGUGGAUUUUCCCUAGUCUUGGAGUUUGGGAACACUUUUCAGGAACACAAAAACAUGCAUUUAGAGCCAUGAAUCUUCGGUUAGGCGAAAGCCAACCAACUCCGGUAGUUGAGUGCUGAGAAUAAAAAAAAGCAAAUUCUACCAACCUCAAAAAACUGAAUACCCAAAA